CGGACUCCGGCACAGACGGCUCCGCGUUGGCACGUGCAGGUGCCGGUCGGGGUGGCUUACGCGCGCGAGCAUCUCGCUGGGACAUCGGCCAGCGUGUGCGGCACCCUCCACCUGGGCUCCUUUGCCAGCGAGGAGGCUGGAGCUCUUGCGCUGGCCCGGCGUCUGCGAGACGACUCUCCGCUGCACGCCCACGUGAUGGCGCUGCGCAAGCGGCCGCGCGAGCGGCGGGACACCGCGCAAGGGCGGCGUCCCGGGCAGGUGGAAUGCGACGGCGCCGAGGUGGACACGAGGCUUUGGUCAGGCGCCUACGAGGCCGGGUGGCGCGUGCGCUCUCCCUCAGCCGCUGCGGCAAAGCGCGGCCAUUGGCGCUACGUGAGCCCUGGAGGCAUGAUCCACCGCACUCGCGCUGCCGCAGCCGUGGCGAGCGAGGAUGCGCGCAAGCGCCAGCGGACCGAGCGCAGCGAUGAUGAGGACAACGCGAUGCUGGCCGUUGAGGCUAGCAUGGUGGAGGCGUGGAGCGAUGAUGACGACGAGGCAGAGGUACUGGAGUCCAAGCUGGCGCUCCCGUGCCUGUCUGACGCUCUUGCAGCGCACCUGCUCUACACAAUCUCAGCCGCCUGACACCGCUGUGAAAGGCGCUGUCUACCUGCUGCGUAGCGAGUCCGCAUGUUCUCUUGCUCUCCGCUUCCGAUUGGCGUUGUCGCUCUGCGCUUUGCGAUAUGACCGUGUGCGUGGGCGCAUAGACACGCGCCCGAAGCACAUAUCGAAGCCCCGUGAAGCCCACUACGGGUAUCCGAUGGAAAGCAGAAAAGGUCAUCUGCGCCCC